AGAUUGGCCUUUCUAAAGAGGAUGCUCUAGAAAUUUUAAAGGUGAUCAAACGGGAACAGCAAAGCGAUGGAGCAAAGACUUCUGAGGAAGCAGAAGCCAUUAAGAAGAGUACAGCCCUGGAACUGUUGGAAAAAGAGCAGACUCAAGGAUUCAUCGUCACCUUUUGCUCCGCCCUGGAUGACAUCCUGGGUGGAGGUGUGCAGCUCACCAAAAUCACAGAGAUCUGCGGAGUGCCAGGUGUCGGAAAAACACAAUUGUGGGUGCAGAUUCCAGAAUGCUUUGGUGGACUUGCUGCAGAAGCCAUAUUCAUCGAUACCGAGGGGAGCUUUAUGGUUGAUCGAGUUGUGGAUAUAGCAGAAGCCUGCAUUCGUCACUGUCAGCUUAUUGCUGAAGUGCGCCCAGAAGAAGAUCAUCAAAUAGCCCUGGAGACUUUCUCUCUUGAAAAUAUUCUUUCCCAUAUUUAUUACUUCCGUUGCCAUGACUAUAUGGAGCUGCUGGCACAGGUUUAUCUCCUCCCAGAUUUCCUCUCUGGACACCCAAAGGUGCAGCUGAUUGUGAUUGAUGGAAUCGCCUUUCCUUUCCGCCAUGACUUCGAAGAUCUGUCGCUGCGAACAAGGCUUUUGAACGGCCUGGCCCAACAGUUGAUAUGCAUCGCAAAUGACCGUACCUUAGCU